AUGGGUCUCAGUCUCUUCGACAAGCUACAAGCCAAACUCGAGCUCUACCGUCUAGAGCAGCGCUACGCCCGCCGCAAGCAUCGCAGCACUUUCUCCACGGGCGCACAAUACGUCGACGGAGAGUAUGUCUACAACACCGGCGCCAACUCGCCUACUAGCACAAUCUCCAAGCACUCAACUGGAAGCUGGCGUCCGUCUGGGCCAGGCAGGAAUGGGUCUUCAGAAUCACGCUGGCGAUGA